UCUUGUUUGGGAGGCGCGUGGCGAAAAGCGACACGCCACUUUGGGUGGAUUGCCACACAUCUAAGUUGGAUCGCAAAGCAGAUCUGGCCUGGUGAGUGCUCGUAUAUAAGCAGCCUAGGACUACCUAGAUUAAUUACUUCGAUUCCGAUCUUCGUCGAGUGCAUUUCAAUAUCCAAAGAGUUCUGAGAACCAAAAAAAUGAUGGGAAAAGCUACCUAUCUGUUGUACCUGUGUCUGGCCAGCGCCGUUUGGGGCAUUGAAUUGCAGCCGGAGCCGGACUAUGGACCAGUGGCCUAUGAGUUUCAGUGGGCGGUGAAUGAUCCUCACACUGGAGAUAUCAAGAGCCAAAAGGAGACUCGUAAGGACGACAAGGUCGAGGGUGUGUAUGAGCUGAUCGACUCGGAUGGCUAUCGUCGGAUAGUCCAAUACAAGGCGGAUGAUCACAGCGGUUUCGAGGCCAUUGUCCAGCGUGAGCCCACGGAUAUCAAGAUACCGCUGCCUGAGCCCCCUAAGAAGCUUCUGGCUGCCAAAAUCCUUACACCUGUGCUGCCGGUGGCUCCACUUGUUCACUACGCUGCCCCCAAGGCUAUCAUCAAGCAGGAGCUCUCCACCGGAAACUAUGUCUCCGUUUCCGGACCCACAGCUCAGUACAAGUACUGAAAAGGAUCUAGCCAUUGACCAUCAGCAUCACAAAACCAUUACGAAAUCUUCACUGCCAUAUAACAUAAUUUAAUUAUAAUUGCGCCAUUGAUUGUAUAAUUAGGUUCCAUUCACACAUACUGUAUAUAACUAACUAUAAAGAUGCAUCCCAUUCAAUCUGUUCGCAGAGGA